CGACAUACAAGAACAGCUUCGCUUCUGCACCAAGUAAAGCAGAUCGCUCAAGAUGGGCAUCAACAAUCCCCUCCCCUCGUCUCUGGCGUCGGAAUGCAAAAAGUGCGGCAAGAUCCUUACUUCCUUCAUAAACCCUCGCCAGGCCUUUGGUCCCGACAAGGUCAUUCCUCCUUCGAUCCUCGCCAACGCCCAGGGCCUCGCCAUCCUCACCGUCCUCAAGGCCGGCUUCAUCGGCUCCGGUCGCUUCGGUAGCGGCCUCGUCGUCGCCCGGCUUCCCGAUGGCUCUUGGAGCGCUCCUACUGCCAUUGCGACCGGUGGUGCCGGCGUUGGCGGUCAGAUCGGCUUUGAGUUGACUGAUUUUGUCUUCAUUCUCAACGACGCCGAGGCUGUCAAGACGUUUGCCCAGGCUGGAUCUCUGACUCUGGGUGGUAAUGUCUCCCUGGCCGCCGGACCUGUCGGUCGCAACGCCGAGGCUGCCGGUGCCGCGUCCUUGAGGAGCUUCUCCGGUAUCUUUAGUUACUCCAAGACCAAGGGUCUCUUCGCCGGUGUCUCCCUCGAGGGAUCCGCCAUCAUCGAGCGCCGCGAUGCCAACGAAAAGAUGUACGGCAGCCGCUACACGGCCCAGCAACUACUCACUGGCUCUGUGCGACCACCGCCUCAAGCUGCGCCCCUCAUGAACAUCCUCAACUCGCGCGCCUUCAGCGGUAUGCGGGUCGGCGCUACCGGCGACGCCAUGUACAACGACGUUCCCGUAUACGACAACCAGCACGACGAUGUGGUGUGGAAUGGCCAACGGGGAUCGGCAUACGGUGAGGGACAGCAUAACCGCGCGGGUUCGCAAGACGACAGCUUUGGAAGGCCAAGUCGCUCCAACACAUGGCAGGACGACGUAUACGACCGACCUAGUGGAUUCGGCGCUCCAUCGCGAUCAAACACCUUUGCCGCGCGCGGCGGAGCUAGUGACGACUACGUUUACCGAGACAGCCCCGUUGGCGCAGAGAAGAAGACUGGUCCUGGACGACCUGUAGCUCCCAAGCCCAACUUUGCCGCCAAGCAAGCAAUGCUCAAGAAGAAUGAGGCUGUGGCCGUGUUCAACUUUGACGCGGACCAGCCUGGUGACCUAGGCUUUAAGAAGGGCGAUGUCAUUACGAUUCUGAAGCGAACCGACAGCGACAACGACUGGUGGACUGGCCAGAUUGGUACGAGAACGGGCAUCUUCCCGAGCAACUACGUCAAGAUGAAGGAGUAAGGUGCUUGAUGAUAUACCCUGCGGCUUGGAUUGAUCUUGACUGAAUCUACCCAACGAGCGACGGAUGGUUGGUUACUUUGCUUGAUUUCACUUAUCUUUCUCGGUGCAAUAUUGGGGGUUGUUUAUGUAUGGCUGCAUUGGAGAAUAGCCGUCUUCAAAAUGGAUUUGGAUAUGCUUCUAAGUGGUGUCAGUGGGAUAUCUGUAUCGCCGUCCGAUUAUACCCCUGAAAUCACCAUGUCUCCUGAUCAUCAACCCUC